AUGAAUGCAUCAAGUGAACAACGCACGGAUUGUACCCCGGAGCACGCCCAACUUGUCUUGACGAGUGACAACAUCUCGUCCUACACGUACAGUUCAGGGGACACCACCGUGAUUUGCGUUGUUAUGCCCAUCAUACUCGCCAUCGGUGUGCUUGGAAAUGGCACGUUUCUGUUCGUCGUUGCUCGUGUGAACUGGAUGCGACAGGUGUCGACAAACAUCUACCUGGCGUGUCUAGCACUGGUCGACAUCACCUUCAUCGCUAUGGCUGUCGGGGGAAAGUUGUCGCGUUUCCUGGCCUCACCCAUUGUCACGGAUGAGUCCCUCCUUGGAGUCCCGGGAUGCGUGCUCCUAUACUUCGUCUCGGAUCUGUGUUUUUACGUUUCGUUGUUCCUGAUCACGCUCGUCUCACUCGGGAGAUACUCCGCCGUGUGCCAGCCCUUUGCCUUCCGCAGCAGCUCCGAGGGAAGGAAAGGGGUGAUGUCUCGAAUCGCCUGGUGUUGGGGCAUCAGUGCCGCAGCUGCCUGCAUCCUUAUCCCGGACAGAUUGGUCUGGGAGGAGACCUGCAUCACCUUGUCACCACCCGACGAGUUCCACCACCUGCCCCAAGUCAUAGGCAGCUGCACGUCGGUGGUCGAAUGGUACUUCAACUUCUCCAACUUCGUUCAGGUGGCGCCGUUCUUCACGACAAUGUUUGUCAACUUCACCCUCUACGCCCUGAUAAUCAGAAAACUCCGGCAGCAAGCCGAAAUGCGCCAGGGACUGAGCAACGAGACUGCUUUAGAACAAGCCCAAGUCAGAGACAAUAUAACACGGAUGCUUAUCGUCAAUGGGACCUCGUACUUUGUCUUCUUGAUGCCAUUCGAGGCACUGGCGCUCGGAGUGACCAUCAAGAGCCUCAGCGGAACUCCAUCACUUCUAACCAAAGACCAGUUCUCGCUUGCCCUCAACAUUUGCAGGUGCUUACUAUACACAAAUUCAGCCGUCAACCCAUUCAUUUAUACUUUAAUGAGCCCGGCCUACAGACGCGCAUUCGCUGAUGCACUGUGCCCCGCGAGCACGAGUCAAGGAGCUUCGGUUCAAGACCUCAUUGGAAUGUCAAACAUAAACACAAAAGCCAGACGAGACAGUGAAAGGCGGCAGCAUUAA